AUGGCUCUUAGACUCUUACAGCGCUCUCCAAAAUAUGCCUUUCUGAAUAGUCUGAAUAGGCACUUCUCCGAUUACAUCCGGUAUUCAACUCCAAGUGGUGUCAUACGGCUUCCCCUUGCUUCACCAAAAGUUAUAGGUACCGCGACAUCUCGCGGUAAUCGGAGUCACCAGGAAGAUUUUUACGCGUUUGCCGCGUUAUCUCUGGACCCGGAAGAGCUGCAGGUUAGCCUCAAAAAGAGUCUUAAUAUAGAAUGGGAUCCCAAUCUAGUGGGAGAUGUAUUCUCUAAACAAGCUGUAUUUGUUGGAAUAUACGAUGGACAUGGGGGACCGGCGGUUUCGGGCUAUCUUCACCAGGAACUUCAUGGCCUGUUUGAAUCCGUUCACCCCUCGAUGAUUCCUGAGCUCUUUGCGUGGAUCAAGGAGUUGGGGGGUUAUUUUAAGCGUUACAAAGGCGGCCCUUUAAGUCCCUGGAUCAUUGAACAAAACCAUUCUGUCCCCAAAUUCAAUCUGGAAGCUCGCGCGGCCGCAGCUUUCUUCGAAGUGGACAGGCAACUCUCGACUGAUAACAUGUCGCAGACCUGUGGGGCAACUGCCUCAGUCGCGAUUCUGCAAUCUCUGGAUGCCCCCGCUACUCCAUUCUUUUCAGCAAAUCGUCUCGCAUUGACUGUUGCUCAUUGCGGUGACACGCGUGUCCUGCUUUGUUCCACAGACGGGGGUAGAGUCUUUCCUAUGACUGAAAACCAUCACGCAGAUGCUCGUGGAGAGUCAAUCCGUUUACGAAGAAUGAUGGGUUCAUCACUCAUCACUGACUCUUACGGUGAAUCAAGGUGGAUGGGCGCUCUUGAUAACACCCGCGGUCUUGGGGACUUGCGCUUCAAAAAGUUUGGCGUCACUGCAGAACCCGAAGUCAGGACGAAGCUUUUGGAAGGUGGAGAGUGGGCAUAUGUAGUUUUAGUAUCAGAUGGUGUCUCCUCCUCACUCUCCGAUGAUGAGAUAGUUGAUCUUGCAAGAGAUGCCCCAGAUCCAAAAGCAGCUGCAGACCGGAUCUUGUCUUUUGUGCAGGAACUUGGGGGCGAAGAUAAUCGCACUGCAAUCGUAUUACCUCUAUCUGGUUGGGGAAAAAUACGAGGCCCCGACAAAACAAAAGAGCUGAGGGAAUACAGACGGAGACAAGCAGAGGGAAGCGAAAGGCAGCGACGGAUGUGAUUUGAAGUAUAUAGUAGAUUGGACGUUUCCUAAUUUCCCCAUAAUCAGCAGAGUGUAACCGGUAAGUAUACAUAUUGUUAAAUUAGUGAUGUCUGGGUCACUGGAAUUCGUCCUUAAAUUUGAGCUGCA